CUCAGUUCGUCGUCCACCGUCAUCCACGCCGCACCACACCCCGCCGCUCAUCCACUACCCUCAGACGACACCCCGAACCUUGACACCACGCGCUGCUCGAAGCACCUGUCUCGACUCGAGUUUCACAAGCGCAUCCCACGCCGCGCAGAUCAGUUUAGGCAAAGGUGGCGGUGGAGAAAUACGUGCGUGAGAUAAAUUACAUUUACACGCCAUAUCGGACUUCUUUUUCCUGCACUCCCCUCCCACGUGCCUCCCAGGGCGUGGUGACCAGCGCCCAGCGGGAUGAGGGGUGCGGGAAACCUCUUGACGGCGGCAGUGGUAGUGGUGUUAGUGUCUUCCUUGGUGGUGGGAAAAGCUGGAGAGGAGACGCCGAGGCAGGAUAAGAAGGUUGAGCCACGUGAGAAGCGGCAGACUGAAGUAAUCCCAUCGGGCAUUUGCGACUUUGGCAGUGAGGGGGCAUCCACCUGGUGUUCUUGGAGCUCUCCCGGACCCGACGCUUCCUCCAGAGUGGAGAGUGAAGGCGCCCCUGAGGCCUGGACGCUCUCCACGGGAAUGAACUCGUUGUGGGUUGGCGGGCCCUUCAAUGACACCACCGGCGAUGACAGGGGAGGAUAUGCCUUCCACGAGACUUCCAGCACACCCUCCAAACUGGCGCCACUCGCCGUGAUGGAGUCUGAGAUGCAGGGACCGACAGGUCCUGAUGGGAAAUGCCUUAAGUUCUGGUACUUCCUGGAUGGACUGAGUGCAAGUGAGCUUCGCGUUAAAGUUCGCAAAAGAGGAGAGGGUAAAGCUGUCACCAUUUGGAAGACCAAUGACCUCACCCGCGGGGAUUGGCGGGAGGCCCAAGCCCUUUACACCUUCACUGAUAACCACACGAUAAUGGUGGAAGCUGUUCCUGCCACUGCAGGAGAUCCCUUCAACAUUUUCCGAGGGCACAUUGCUGUGGAUGAUCUUGGGACUCGGCCUGGACAGGAGUGCAUUGGCUUGUGUUCCUUUGAAGGUGGCAUGUGUGACUGGAAUAAUGUCCGAACCGAUGACUUUGAUUGGGUGCUGGGUCGUGGCACUCAGAACCCAAUCACAGGCCCACCGAGGGACCACAGCAGUUCUCAAGGGGAGGCCCUGGGCGGGGCCUACGUGUUUUUAGACUCCUCCUUUCCACGCAGACCUGGGGAUGUGGGCAGACUGGAAAGCAUUGAAUUUCAGGCAACAGACCCUAAUAAUCCACCCUGCAUGAGGUUCUACACAUACAUGGCAGGACGGGGUGUGGGUCGCCUGCGAGUGUUGCUUGAAGAUGUGGUCACACGAAAACAGCAAAUCAUGUGGGCACUGCAGGGUCACCAGGGCACACGGUGGGUCCAAGGACAGCUGCCACUCUCCUCCGGCACCCCCUUCAAGGUGGUGUUUGAGGGGACAAUUGGCAAACCACGCCUUGGGGACAUCGCAUUAGAUGACAUCACCAUCGUCUCUGGACCCUGUGCUAGUGACUCUUCCCCUGCUGCCAUGCCACCUGCUUCCGGAGACUGUACUUUUGAGGAAGACACAUGUGGCUGGAGCAAUCCCGGUGCCAACCAGCGUGUGGACAACCUGCAAUUCCUGAGGGUGAGGGCGGCAGAGUUUGCUUUCCCAACGACUGAUCACAGCACAGGCUCCCGACAAGGUUUUUAUAUGAAGCUGGAAAGUCCUGCCAGGAAACAAGAGGGAGACCAUGCAUGGCUACUUUCUCCUAUCAUGCAGGGUGAUGGACAGGCCAAGUGUCUUUCCUUCUGGUAUUUGAUGUUUGAGCCCCUAGGGGACGUGGAACCCAAUCUGGGGUCCCUGAGCGCCUUCAUGCUACGAGAAGGAUCAUCUGGUGCCUUGAUCCUAACACCUGUCUGGACACUCCACAACUUCCAGGGACUAACAUGGUUCUUUGCACAGACUCCACUUAGAGCAGAGGGAGACUUUCAGGUGGUGAUAGAGGCAGUGUGGGGUGCCUCAAAUAGCUCUGGUAUGCUGGCUAUAGAUGAUAUCAGUGUCUUUGAUGGAAACUGCCGCACUGUGCCCGAGGCUGCUGUAGUGCGAGCUGGAGAUUGUACUUUCACUCGGGGCUCCUGUGGCUGGACAAAUCUUACUUCAGAUCGAGAUUUUACUUGGACACUUUCUUCUGCUGUGCGACGUCCUCUUAACAUGCAUGACCACACUUAUGGAGCCCCAGCUGGCUACAUCUACUUUGACGUGUUCAACCUUGGAGGACGAACUCAGCGGCUUCAACUUGUGUCACCUGUUGUGGAGCCAAUGCCAGACCGUUCUCCUCUGUGCUUCACAUUCUGGUUUGCUGGUUUUGGGGCAGAUCCAAACACUAGUCUUAGUAUUUACUUGCGACCUUCCCAGCUACGUUCCUUCCCUGAACAACUUCUAACAGAUCUAUCAAGUGACAUUCGGGUGUGGAGUCACAUCUUAGGAGACCCAGUAGGAUGGUUAUUUGGACAGGUGCAGCUGCUGGCCAGCACUCGCUUCCAGGUGGUCUUUGAGGGAGUCUCCUUCAAUGGAGGCUUCACACUGGAUGACUUCAAGGUUUAUGCUGGAACUUGUUCAAAAAGACCACGAGAUUCCAGUCCCUCUUUCUCUCGUUCCUGAAGAAGUUCUUCUCUUUUCUCUCUGCUGAACAUGACAUGGACAUGGCAGAAACAACUCCUGUGAACACAAUUAGACUUCAAUGGAAGCUCAAGCAAGGAAUGUGCUGCACCAGACUAUACAAAACAAGCUUUUUCAAGAAAAUCCAAAGGAUUUUCAAGCAUGAGUUUAAAUGUGAGAAGACCUCCCCCUCCAAAAGCAAAAUUUAGAACUGGGUGGACCACUUUGAAAAGUAUGGGACCAUGGAGAAUCUAAAUGCAGCAGGUUAAUUAAAUCUACCUAAGCUGUUCAGGAUGUCCCAGGAAUCAUACAGCUGAGCUGGUUGAGAAUGUGAGAGUCAGUUUAGUAAAUUCUCAGAAACUCUGUGCACAAAUUAAUUCAGUCCCUUGGUAUAUCUUGUGAAGCUUGCUGGAGAGUACUAGUAAAUGACAUAAGGGCUUACCCAUACAGAAUACAGAUGAAGGAGACCCUUACAACUUUGGGCAAAUAGUGGAGAAAAGCUAUAGUAGUUAAGUUUAAGAAGAUCCAGGAGAAUUCAGAUUUCCUUAACCUCCUUUGGACAUCAGACGAAGCCCAAUUCUAUAUUGAAGGAAAAGUGAACUCAAAGACAAAUGUCUUUUGGAUAUCUUCAAAUCCAAUGAAGCAGCUAACUCUCUCCUAGGUGCAAAGUAUGGGUUACUUUUUCAGCCAGAGGCAUCCUUGGAAACUUCAAGUUCAAGCAAGAUGGAGCAAGUUCUAACACCUCAAACUGAUCCUAAGAUUGGCUAAAAGUAAACUUUGGGGGCUGUGUGGUCAAUCCCAAGACUGAUUUUGAGUGAGAACCUCAUAGCCUUAGCCUCCCAGAUUUCUUUUUUGGUGCUAUCUCAAGAACCAAGUAUAUACAGGGAGAUUCAAGACUAUCAGUGAACUGAAGGAAGCCAUCAAAGAGGAGAUGCCUAAGAGCCAUUCAUAAGUGUUUGCAAGAACAUUUUGGAUAACUUUGUGCUGCACCUCAAGAAAUGUAAGGAACUAUGGAACUCAUCUUGAAUAAAUGCUUUAGAAUGAAGAAAGGGCUAAAGACUAUCUCAAUUUAAUUUGAUGUUCUAACAGUCUUGACUAACAUUUGAUACUGAUGAGAUGACUUGUUAAGUUCAUUGCUUCUCCAACUCUCAUCCUAGUCCACCACAAUCAAUGGUAAGGAAAAUUUUUCAUGUUGAGACAAAUAAUUUUUAAGUUUGGUAUCAAAUAUCAAGUAAGCAAGCAUUACAUUGUUUGCAGAGUGUAGGGUUAUUAUUUUAAUGAAAAGUUAUAAGUUAUGAGCAAAGUGACUUACAAUUAGCCUUCUGGAAUGUAUCGUAUCUCACUCAUGACUCAAACACCCUCUGUAUAUAAUCAUUAGAUAUUUGACUCUCAAUGACACUUAUAUCAUUUUAAAUAUUGUAUACUUACUUUUUAACUGAUUUAAAUCUACUAUUUAAUAUUCAAAUUAUGAGGUAAAUUAUGUAAAAUUCACUGUCAUUGUACUUUACUAUCAUUGUAUUUUACUGCUUUAGUUUCUUAGAUGGAUGUAUAUAGUACAGGUUCUCAUGGUGUCAAGCCAGUGUCUGGAGGUGCCUCAGUGACCACUUGCCAAUGGACAACAACUGCAUUGUGCAGGUUGAGGCAUGAUUAUUGGUACAUUAAUUCUCUGAUGUUCCAAUGGUCUCUGAAUAUUACAUGUAGGAAGUUAUAAUGAAUUCACUGCCAGUAUAAAGUGAUCUGCUGGAUAAUGUCAUUUUACUUGGUUGUAUUGACAACUGUUAAACGUCUUACAGCUGUGAUGAGUGCACUUGCUACUGGUGUUCCUGAUGGCAUUGCAGUAACAUUUUACAAACUUUAACUUUUAAAGAUAUAAAGUGCAUUUAAAUUAAAUGGUUACAAGUGUGAAAACAGAUUAUUGUCAAGAAUUGUUCCGAAGUUAAUUUGAAAAUUAAUAAAUUAAUAUAAACCAAUGGUGUUACUAAUACUUGUUGUUUAUCAUCCACAUGAUAGCCCAGAAGAUUUAGGUUUAUGGAAUCCCGAGUCAGCAUUUAGACUCCAAAUCUGUGAUCUUGCCUUCAAGUAGGUCAUUACAUUCAUGACCAAGUUGCUUGAUAACAUUUGCUUAUAUUACUGCCUAAAUAAUAACAUGAUUAAGAUGGGGAGAAAUUAAAACAUGUAUAAAGUUUACUGUGCCUGAUCUGUGCAUGGACAGGUAAUAUGUCUUAUUUCUUUAUAUUCUAUAAAAAUUAACUGUUAAGUAACAUCCAAACUACCUAUCAACAAUGAUGUAAAGACCUUUUUGGGUUUCCAAAUGGGAGAACUGGCAGCUUCAAGGCCCCUUGUAAAUAUCUAAAAAUAUAUAUUUAAUUAUUAGGAAUAAAAACAUAAAAAUGUCAGCUUCUAAAGAUAUGUCCAUUCACAAUCACCAAGGUCUUUAUAAAAAAAACCCCACAUAGUUUCUAUUGGCUGAGACCUUGAAAUUUUUUAAUCUUUUUAUGUAUACAUAGCUAGUUUGACUUUUUAAUAUUGCUAUAAAAAGCUGUACUGGA